CCCCACCCCCAAAUUAAGUUGCUUAGCAAGGGGGAAAGAGGCUUUUUCCUCCCUCCAGCAGCCCAGCCGAACGCCUUUCGUUUUUUGCCCUCGCGGAUCUUCCAUGUAGGCAGCCGAGGCUGGCGAGCCCGACACUCGGGAGCCGCUGCGGGGGGGCCUCUUUUUGGGGAGGCGCCGACCGGGGUAGGCUUCGCCGCCCCCAGGGAAGCGGCGGCCGCGUUCCUCCGGGGUGCGCCGGGGCCCGAGAGCGGCGCACGGCGCGGGCCGCGAGGGGUGGGGCAGCCGGAGCGCAGGCCCCCGAGCCCCGGCGGGCGCCCCCGGGCCCCCGCGCGCGCCCCGGCCUCCGGGAGACUGGCGCAUGCCACGGAGCGCCCCUCGGGCCGCCGCCGCUCCUGCCAGGGCCCCUGCUGCUGCUGCUGUCGCCUGCGCCUGCUGCCCCAACUCGGCACCCGACUUCUUCAUGGUGUGCGGAGGUCAUGUUCGCUCCUUAGCCGGCAAACGACUUUUCUCCUCGCCUCCUCGCCCCGCAUGUUCAGGACCAAACGAUCUGCGCUCGUCCGGCGUCUCUGGAGGAGCCGUGCGCCCGGCGGCGAGGACGAGGAGGAGGGCGCGGGGGGAGGCGGAGGAGGAGGCGACCUGCGGGGAGAAGGGGCGACGGACGGCCGGGCGCAUGGGGCCGGUGGCGGCGGCGCAGGCAGGGCUGGCUGCUGCCUGGGCAAGGCGGUGCGAGGUGCCAAAGGUCACCACCAUCCUCACCCCCCAGCCGCGGGCUCCGGCGCGGCCGGGGGCGCCGAGGCGGAUCUGAAGGCGCUCACGCACUCGGUGCUCAAGAAACUGAAGGAACGGCAGCUGGAGCUGCUGCUCCAGGCCGUGGAGUCCCGCGGCGGUACGCGCACCGCGUGCCUCUUGCUGCCUGGCCGCCUGGACUGCAGGCUGGGCCUGGGGGCGCCCUCCGGCUCGCAGCCCGCGCAGCCGCCCUCGUCCUAUUCGCUCCCCCUCCUGCUGUGCAAAGUGUUCAGGUGGCCGGAUCUCAGGCAUUCCUCGGAAGUCAAGAGGCUGUGUUGCUGUGAAUCUUACGGGAAGAUCAACCCCGAGCUGGUGUGCUGCAACCCCCAUCACCUUAGCCGACUCUGCGAACUAGAGUCUCCCCCUCCUCCUUACUCCAGAUACCCGAUGGAUUUUCUCAAACCAACUGCAGACUGUCCAGAUGCUGUGCCUUCCUCCGCUGAAACAGGGGGAACGAAUUAUCUGGCCCCUGGGGGGCUUUCAGAUUCCCAACUUCUUCUGGAGCCUGGGGAUCGGUCACACUGGUGCGUGGUGGCAUACUGGGAGGAGAAGACGAGAGUGGGGAGGCUCUACUGUGUCCAGGAGCCCUCCCUGGAUAUCUUUUAUGAUCUACCUCAGGGGAAUGGCUUUUGCCUCGGACAGCUCAAUUCGGACAACAAGAGUCAGCUGGUGCAGAAAGUACGGAGCAAGAUCGGCUGUGGCAUCCAGCUCACGCGGGAAGUGGAUGGCGUGUGGGUGUAUAACCGCAGCAGUUACCCCAUCUUCAUCAAGUCAGCCACACUGGACAACCCGGACUCCAGGACGCUGUUGGUACACAAAGUGUUCCCCGGUUUCUCCAUCAAGGCUUUUGACUACGAGAAAGCGUACAGCCUGCAGCGGCCCAACGACCACGAGUUCAUGCAGCAGCCGUGGACUGGCUUCACCGUGCAAAUCAGCUUCGUGAAGGGCUGGGGCCAGUGCUACACCCGCCAGUUCAUCAGCAGCUGCCCGUGCUGGCUGGAGGUCAUCUUCAACAGCCGGUAGCCACGUGGGGAGAGGACAGCGGGAGCCUAGCGGGCCCGGUCCAAACUACUUUGCUGCUAAUAGUUUCCUCCUGAGUGCUUGCUUUUCAUGCAAACUCUUUGGUCGUUUUUUUUUUUUCUUUUUUUCUUUUUUCUCCCCUCCUUCCCCUCGUUCUUGUUUAUGUUCUGUUUUGUUCUUUGAGAAAUAGCUUAUGAAAAGAAUUGUCGGGGUUUUGGCGGGGGCGGGUGGUAUGGUUGGCAGAACACCGAGGCGUGAAAAGGGGAAGCAAAAAUCAGUACCACCGAACACAGUGUAAAUGGGGGGGCAGGCCUCGACUUCGGGGUCCUCGUUGCCCUCGUCAGGGUGUACGAGAGAGAGAGAGAGAGAGAGCGUGUGUGUACACGCAGAUGGGGGAAGCGGUGUGCUCUGUUGUGUUUCCUACGGAUGUUGACCGCUGAGAGGUUUGCGCUCCCAAGCUGUGUCCCUCGUGCUCCUUGGACUUGCACAGUGGGGCAGCGGGUGUCCCAGCAGUGGCCAGCAGCAAGGCUCUGUCCCCCAGCCUGGGGAAGCCCCCAUCCCACCUCUCCCCUUCUAGGACAUUGGCCUGUCCGCAGGCUUCUUAGAAGCCACCCUGCCAGUUUUUCCAUGCUGUCUCACUCCCUUCCGGCCACCCUGCUGCCGUUGUCGUGUCUUUCCUUUUUGGCCAUCUGCUCCUGGAUACCUCUGAGAUGGGCUUCCCGAGGGCUGCCGGGGCAGCCCCGUCACAGUAUUGCUCACCCAGUGCCCUCUCAGGCCCCUCCGCCUCUCCCCUGCCCUGGUUACAUCAGGUUUUUCCUGGACUCAGAAAACCAGCUCAGCACUUUCCUCCCCUCUGCAGCCUGUGUGUUGAGCUCUGCUGUUAGACCAGCGAGGGGAGCCGCCCCACUCCCCACCAAGAAGGAUUCGGUCCAUCUUAACCCAAGGUACCAUCCUGAGCUGACACCUAACUCUUCCGUUUCUUCUACAACUCAUACACUCGUAUGAUACGUUGACACUGCUCUUAGCUCAAUGAGCAUGUUUAGACUUUAACAUAAGCUAUUUUUCUAACUACAAAGGUUUAAAUGAACAAGAGAAGCAUUCUCAUUGGAAAUUUAGCAUUGUAGUGCUUUGAGAGAAAAAGGACUCCUGAAAAAAAAACCCUGAGAUUUAUUAAAGAAAAAAUGUAUUUUAUGUUAUAUAUAAAUAUAUUAUUACUUGUAAAUAUAAAGACGUUUUAUAAGCAUCAUUAUUUAUGUAUUGUGCAAUGUGUAUAAACAAAAAUAAAGAAAAGAUGCACUUUGCUUUAAUAUAAAUGCAAAUAACAAAUGCCAAAUUAAAAAAGAUAAACACAAGAUUGGUGUUUUUUUCUAUGGGUGUUAUCACCUAGCUGAAUGUUUUUCUAAAGGAGUUUAUGUUCCAUUAAACAAUUUUUAAAAUGUA